UAUUUCUAGGCUGCAGAACCAGCCUCAAAGACACUAUGGAAUUACCUUUCCGAUUAGCUUGGCUCCUCCUAAUGAUAUAGAUCGUGUUCAGACUCAGAAGCUAGUUGAAGCAAUGAAGGCAUUUGGGGUAUUUGAAGAUGACGAAGAAAUGAAUCACAGGCUGGUUGUUCUUGGUAAACUGAAUAACUUGGUCAAAGAAUGGAUUUCAGAACUUGGUGAGAGCAAGAAUCUUCCCCCUUCAGCAGUGGCAAAUGUUGGUGGCAAAAUAUGUACGUUUGGCUCUUACAGGCUGGGAGUACACACUAAAGGUGCUGACAUAGAUGCUGUUUGUGUUGCUCCUAGACAUGUGGAAAGAUCGGAUUUUUUCAAGUCAUUUUUUGAAAAACUAAAACAUCAGGUGGAAGUAAAGAAUCUAAGAGCAGUUGAAGAUGCAUAUGUACCUGUUGUGAAAUUUGAAUUUGAUGGCAUUGAGAUUGAUCUCGUGUUUGCAAGACUGUCUAUGCAAAGUGUUCCUGAUAGUCUUGAUCUCAGAGAUGACUCGUGCCUGAGAAACCUCGAUAUAAGAUGCAUACGGAGCUUAAAUGGCUGCAGAGUUACCGAUGAAAUACUACAUCUAGUGCCAAAUAAAGAGAACUUCCGGCUCACACUCCGGGCAAUUAAACUGUGGGCAAAACGACGUGACGUUUACUCCAACGUGCUGGGAUUUCUUGGUGGGGUUUCCUGGGCAAUACUAGUAGCAAGAACAUGUCAACUCUAUCCAAAUGCUUUGGCUUCUACUCUUGUGAACAAGUUCUUCUUGGUUUUUUCGAAAUGGGAGUGGCCAAAUCCUGUAUUGCUGAAACAACCUGAGGAGAACAAUCUUAAUUUACCAGUAUGGGACCCUAGGGUGAACCCAUCAGACCGAUAUCAUGUGAUGCCUAUCAUCACCCCAGCCUAUCCACAGCAGAACUCUACAUACAACGUGUCUACAUCAACACGAGCAGUAAUAGUAGAGGAAUUAAAACGUGGUCUUGCAGUUACAAAUGAGAUUCUCCAAGGAAAAUCAGACUGGUCAAAGCUCUUUGAACCACUGAACUUCUUUCAGAAGUACAAACAUUAUAUUGUGCUGACUGCUAGUGCCUCUACUGAAGAGCAUCACUUAAAGUGGAUUGGCCUUGUCGAAUCUAAAAUUCGUGUGCUGGUUGGAAAGUUGGAGAAGAAUGAAUUUAUAACUUUUGCACAUGUAAAGCCACAGGCUUUCCCUGGCAAGAAAGACCUCUGUAAACAGAGUGGAUAUGUGUCAAUGUGGUUUCUUGGAAUCAUAUUUAGGAAAGUGGAAAAUGCAGAAAGUGUUCACGUGGAUUUAACAAAUGUUAUACAGUCAUUCACAGACACAGUUUACAGGCAGGCUAACAAUUUCAAGAUUCUAAAGGAAGACAUGAAGAUUGAGGCAACUUAUGUGAAGAGAAAGCAUCUCCACUAUUUUUUGCCUGCAGAAACCUUACAGAGAAGGAAGAAGCAAAGCAUGCCAGAUAUUAGUCAAAAUGCUAAUGGGCUUCAGUACAGAAGGACUACUUCUGAUGGAAGAUGUUUGGACAGUUCCAAAAGCACGAACUCCAGAACACCGUGUAAUUCCUCUUUGUUAAAUAGGAUAUCUAAAUUGGACGCCUCUACCACAGGGACAGAAAGAAAUGCUGUAUAUCAGAGAUCUAAUGGUGCUAACAAUAACAAUACAGACAAGAUAACUUGUGUAGCUGUGCCACCAGUGUCUAAGGGACUCGCCGUUCCUGUUACUGAUUCAAAAACGGAGGCUAAAGUUGCAAUAAGAACAUCGGGACCUCCAAUUGGUUGCACUGUUCCAGGACAUAACACAAUUUCUCAAAUCAGAGUACGUUUUGUCCAAGGACAGGAUGGAUUAAGUGGGACUCCAGUUGCAGAUCCUAAGAAUACCGCACCUAAACGACAUUAUUCAACGAUCUUUAAGGGACAUUGUUUACCUGCAUUCAAAGAAUCCCCCAAUAAACCAAUUAAUGUAGAAAAGUUAACUGACCAGGAUUCAGCAUUCAAAGAUGAAGGCAAACCAGAAGAUGUCAGGAGAUCUGCAGAAAAUGAUUACUUUGAAGGAAGAGCCAUCCUGAUUCCAAUUGUCAAAACCCCAAGAUUACAGAGGCUUUCAAGUAAAGAACUACCAGACUCUUCAUCUCCUGUUCCAACAAAUAGUGUUCGCAUUAUUAAAAGAUCCAUCAAACUUACCCUUAAUGGCAUGCUAGUAAAAUGGAUGUAUAUGCACGCACAAAGUCCGAACAGACACCGUGGAGACGAACUGUUCAAGUGGGGUGAAGCAGUGGCAUUGACUGUGGCUUACUCGCAACUGUUGACGAUACGGUCUUCCGAGACUCUUGAAGCUCAAGGUGAUGUCAAGUAUCCUAAACUUCUUGCGAGCCCUGAGGAAAAAGGGAAGUCUUGUAAUAAAAACUUGGAUGAGCGAUUGUUGUCCUCU